AUGUCAUUACCAAUUAAAUUAUAUACUUUUGGAACUCCAAAUGGACAUAAAGCUAGUAUUUUUUUAGAAGUUCUUGGUUUAAAAUAUGAUACAAUCAAAGUUGAUCUCAGAAAAAAUGAAAGUAAAUCGGAUUGGUUUGUUAAAUUAAAUCCAAAUGGUCGUAUUCCAACUAUUGAAGAUCCAAAUUUCAAAGAUGGUCCAUUAAUUUUAAGUCAAACUGGAGCUAUAUUACAAUAUCUUUCUGAUACUUAUGAUAAAGAACAUAAAUAUAGUUAUCCAUUUGGUACAAAAAAUUAUUAUAAAACUUUAGAAUAUUUGAUUUUUCAAGUUUCUGAAAAUGGUCCAAUCCAAGGUCAAGCUGAACAUUUUAUAAAUUUUGCAAAAGAAAAAGUUCCUUAUGGAAUUAAUCGUUAUACAAAUGAUACAAAAAGAAUUUAUGGAGUUUAUGAAGAUAUUUUAAGUAGAAAUAAAGAAAAUGAUUCAAAAUAUUUAGUUGGUGAUAGAUUAACUAUUGCUGAUUUUGCUUUAUUUAGUUGGGCUGAUAGUUUAAAACAUUUAAAUAUUGAUAUUUAUGAAUGGCCAUUAAUAGGAAAAUGGUAUGAUGCAAUUAAAGAAAUCCCUGCAGUUCAAAAAGGAUUAAAAGUACCAAAUUGA